AAACAAUGACAGAAGUCUUUCUCCUCAAAAUCAAGAAGAAACUUUUCGAAAUGCAAACUACUUGGCUUAACAAAAGUGUUUGGACUCAGUGCGUGCAAUUAGGUCGUUUAUUUGGUUUACUUCUGCAUGCAUGUUGUUUAAGGUGAUGUUUGAGUCGGAGUUAACUAACUUGGCUAUCUAGCCAGCGAAGGUAGCCAACUUUUCACAUUCAGCAGAAUUAGCCUAACGUUAGCUAGCAAAUGGGAAGUGGCUAACAUGUCAACAUAGCUAGGAACAUAAGUAUUGCUAUUGGCAGCUACACUUGAAGCCCGCAACUGAUUUAUUAAGUUCCACGAUCGAGAAAUGGAGAGUAGACACGUUGCAGUGCUGGCUUGUGUAACGUAGAUGCGUUUGUUAUUUUUACCGGGGUGUCUCGCUGGUUGAUUGCUAUGUUCUCGCAGCUGCGUACAGCUGUCUAGCUAGCUUGAUUUACACUAAUUUCAAUGGCUCACUGCAGUUCAGAUCCAAGUGGGAAGGUACCACAUCCAGAUAGCUCAGUGUUGAUGGCAGGAUCUCCUGGAAACGUUGAUCAGGCAAUGAAGCCGGUGUUGUUUGAAAUAUUUGGAGAGUUUUGGAACGUCCAGGCCCGGCUCGGGCAAGGCGUCUCGGCCUCAGUAUACCGUGUGAGCUCGGGGAGGGCGAGUACGGCCGCGGUUAAGGAGUUCCAGGCUGACACUCAGAGCGGAGAUUACGGGUACCAAAAGGAGAGGUCCGUGCUGGAAGACAUUCAAGGACACAAAAACAUCGUAACGCUGUACGGGGUGUUCACCAACCGCAGCCAGGUGGGUGUGGCCACGCACUGCCUGCUACUUGAGCUGCUGGACGUCAGUGUGUCUGAGCUGCUUGUGAGGGCCAGUACCCAAAGCCGAGCCUGCAGCCCCCAGUGUGGUGGUUCCCAGAAGCAGGGCCACUCCAUGUGGCUGGUGCAGCACUGUGCCAGGGAUGUCCUGGAGGCCCUUUCCUUCCUCCACAGAGAGGGCUACGUCCAUGCCGACCUCAAGCCCCGCAAUGUGCUCUGGAGCGCGGACGAUGAGUGCUUCAAACUCAUCGACUUUGGCCUCAGCUUCAAAGAGGGCUACCAGGAUGUGAAAUACAUCCAGACAGAUGGGUACCGUGCCCCGGAGGCUGAGCAUCAAUACUCCCUGGCCCAGGCGGGGAUGGAGGGGGAGGGGGACUCUGGCUGCUCGGCCGCUGUGGACCUCUGGAGCUUGGCAAUCGUCCUGUUGGAGAUGUACUCAGGCAUCAAACUCAAAGACACCGUCAGAUCACCCGAGUGGAAGGACAACAGUGCGGCAAUAGUCGACCAUAUCUUUGCCAGUAACAGUCUGGUGGUUCCUGCCAUCCCUGUCUAUCACCUCCGAGACCUUAUCAAAAGUAUGCUUCACAACAACCCUAAGCACAGAGGCACAGCCGAGAAGGCCCUGCUUAGCCCCUUCUUCAGCAUUCCUUUUGCUCCUCACAUAGAAGACUUGGUUCUGCUUCCCUCUCCUGUUCUGCGCCUGCUCAACCUGAUCGAUGACGGCCACCUGCACAAUGAGGAGGAGUAUGAAGACAUCUUGGAGGACAUGAAGGAAGAGUGUCAGAAGUAUGGCUCUGUGGUCUCUUUGCUCAUCCCCAAGGAGAACCCAGGCAAAGGACAGGUGUUUGUAGAAUACGCUAACUCAGGCGACUCCAAAGAGGCCCAGAGACUGCUGACGGGACGGACCUUUGACGGGAAGUUUGUCGUUGCCACAUACUACCCCCGGAGUGCUUACAAGAGAGGCUAUCUGUACCAGACCGUGCAGUGAACACACACACACACACACACACACACACACACACACACACACACACACACACCGUCUGCUGAAGAGCACAGGCCCGAGGCCUCAGUCAGUCACUGUCAUGAUGUGUAUAAUCAUCAGAUCACCACUCUGCUUUCUGCAGCCUCUAGAGCCAGAGUUAACCUAGUAUGUCCUGUAGCUUUACUGUAUGUAGCAACAGUCUGCGAAAGGAAAGAUUUGUAUAAUCCAAUCUUCCAUGUCCUGCUAUGGGGAUGUACACUGCUGGAUGCUACUGUUGACAGAUUCAGAUGGGUCAUAUGUUUAUCAUAGCUGGCUUGACUUUUGAUAAAUGGAUCCUCACUGGCCAAAGCUGCACACUGUCCCACUUUGCACACUGUGCUGAUGUCAAACCCUGAACAAGAUAAUUACUUUAUGUCCACCGAUCUUGUAGAGCACAAGUACAGUACCAAGUACCCUAUGGGUUUCGUAAACCCAGCAAGCAGUUUGGAUUGAAUAGGGCUCUAGCUUUCUUUGUACUCAAUGGCUUGAAUAUCCUAUAUUUAUUAGUGUAAUUGAAACCGUUCCUGAUUGAUUGAUCUUGGGUCUCUCUUGUUAAAAGCUGAGCCACAAUUUCAUCUUGUCCAAAGUUACCUUCCCAUGACUUAUUUUUCUAUGAGAUGUUUGUUUUGAGACUUGAAUUCCAAAGGUACCACUCCAGAUCAUCAGUAGAAUCACGCUGAGUUCUAGAACGUUCUGAGCCUAAACCCCAACCACUCAACUUCAGCACUUUUCUGUGGUACAUGGAAAAUAUAAAUUUCUUUGUCAUUUCUGACAUUUUUAAUCUGAUUUCUACCUUAUAUAUUAUUAUUACAUUUUGUCCAAGUUGACCCAUAUACUACUUAUACUCCAGAAUGGCUGCGCUGAUGUGAGUGGAAGUUAACUGUUUUUUUUCACUCGAUAUGUUAUGAAAGGGAUGGGUUAUUUCCUUAGCACUGUACGAUACAAAGCAACAAGCUUACUUUACGUUCAGAACAGAUGCAUAGGGUUUUCAGUUGAAUAUUUCAGUUGAUGAGCAUUCGAGCUGACCGUUUCGUAACACAGUAGCCUACAUUCAGUUCUACCUGACGUCUGUGUGAGUUGGUCUACAUGACAAACCAAUGUGUGAGCGCUGUACUAUUGUAGGUAUUUCUUGAUUAUGGUGAGAUUAUAGAUGAAUCCAAUACUGCAGAGUUUUGUAUCCUAUGUCGUGUGUGGGAGAUGUUGAAAUUAACUUAUCAGUUCAGUGCAUGCAACAUUGUUAUGUUAGGGGCAGUAUUUAUUCAGACAGUCUUGACUCUUCCCCUUGUCUGUCUGCUGCUCAUAUUUAGUCCAAUAACAUUUUGAAUCUAAAGCGUAAAUCAUAGUCCACAGACGCUGAGACUCGAUAGUCCGGUGUCCCAUUGUGACAUAGCUAUGCAGCUCUGAGACACCGUCCGCGGGGACGCACAGCCCGAACACUCACCUCCCAACAAUUCCCAGCCAACACGGCUAUUCAUUUGAGUGUGUUGACAGUUGGAGAAAAUGCUUGUGCUGCCCUGAGAAUUCUAAAAGUAUGAAAGCCAACUGUCCAAUAUUCUAGAACACUGCUGUGCGUACACGUACACAUUUUGGACUAUGAUGGACGCUUCAGGUUGGGCACAGAUGCUUCUGAAUGAGUAGGCUGGCAUUGAACAGGCUAAAGCUCCGUCCUGCCUGCCCAGUCUCUCCAGAUGUUUGAGAAAGAGACCAUAUAUUAACAUGAGCUGAAACAACAUUCUGGAUAUUCUGCAAUUUACUCCAUUUGUAACUAACACUUCCAGUCAACUGGCGCCAUGUGACAACUGUCGAGGCUGGUUGAGACAUUGUUGACGACAUCCUGCCUAAAUGUGAAAGCACUGACUCUAGGACUUAUGGGUGACCGGUCAUAACACCAAUAUGUGAGGUGAUCCCAUACCAAAUGUAGUCCACUGCCUUAGCUGCCUUCUCUGUGUUAUCUAGUCUAACACUGUAAUGCUCCCAUUUAGUUUCAGCACACUGUCCCUUCACAGUGUGUUAUUCAAAGUAGAUCCUGAUCUCCACAACCAUGGCGCAUGAUGAUGACAUUUCUUUGUGCAAACAUUUUCAGGGAGCUUCUUUGUUUUUCGUUUCCACUUUGGGUCAGUUAUCCUAAUACAGUGUCCGUUUCUUUACUUCUAUGUCUUCUGAUAUACUAAUAUGAAAACAUUCUAUGUAUCUGAUAAAGCUUUUAGAUAGCUGUAAUGGAUUUGUGUGCAAGGCGGUAUCUGGUGUUUGUCCAUCUUGCUAGCUAUGGGCUAACUUCUAUAUGAUAUUUGUUGUAAUAGCAGCGAGUGUAAUGAGAGUUUUAGCAUGCAGGUGGCAGAGCAGGAUUCCUCUGGACAGUGACUAUGCAGUCAAUACUGAUCAGGGAAAACCAGUACAACUACAUAGGUACAGACACUACAUGGGAAGGAGAGAGAAAGAUGGAGAGCGACAGUAACAGAGAGAGGGAGCUGUGCUGUAAGUCCGAGUACAUACAGUUGAAGUCGGAAGUUUACAUACAC